GUUGGCAGUACAGAGCACAGCAAGGCAUCUGGCACAGUCAGAAAGUGAAAAGAGAGACAGGUCAGAGCACAGAUACCCUCUUGUCAGCUCUGUACUGGGACAAUAACAAGUACAGCAAACAACAACAACAACAAGAGGGGGGGUGAAAUAUAGGAUAAAAGAAACCUGCUCCAAUGCAUCAAACUGUGGACUUUGCUAUUCUCUAUCUGCAUCGGCAAGCCAGAUGAACAAACUGAAAGCAGCUCACGCUUUGUGCAAAGCCAAGGCUAGGCAGCUGUGCUUUUUGGUCCUCCUAUGUUUCCACCUGGCCUCUGGGGAUGUCCCUGGUCCAUGCAAACACUCUGUGACGAAUGACCAUAUCCAAAUCGUCAACACUCUGAUUGUAAACCAACUUGAAAAUGGCUGUUCAAUCGAGUAUAAGUUUAUAGAUCAAGGAUCUUUGAGCAAAACCUGCUACGUCAAAGCUGCCUUCCCCAAAGUCCUGGACGUUCUGACCAAACACUUCAAUUAUCACAAGAGUUCGGUCAAUUUUAAAUAUGUGGACGAGUUAAAAACACUGGUGAAAAAUAUCUACAGGACUAAAUGCAUUCUCGAAGUCAAUGUGAGUAUGGAGGACGACCCAGAGAAGUUUGUGAAGGCCUAUGCAGGCUCUCCUGCAGCUGUGUUAGGUCACAUUCGGAAAGUCAUGUCUUUCUACAUGGAGCUGCUGACAGAAAACAGCAGGCCAAUAAACUGGAGUUGUGCUGACCAGUAUGCACAGGAUGUCGCAGAACUAACAACCGAGGGAACCCUGCCCACAGGUACGACCGCAUAUCAGUGCUCUUGCCCAGCUGUAGGUGGCAGUGCUGCUAAGUCGGCUUCCACGACAGCCAUCAACUUUUGGAAGAACCUUCCAAACCCCACCGUUGACAUACCAAACACUCCCUACUCCACUGAGCUGCCACCACCCAAGACAGGCAGCCCCAGCGCUAGAGAAGGAUGGGGUAUCCCAUCGGCAAACCCUGGCACGACAAGAUCCUACAGACACAGGACGAUUGAUACAGACACUACUUCUGGGGCUUCGAUAAAUAAUUUCCAAACCAGCAGCGAGAAGAAUCCUACUUCUCCUUCCUUUACUAGUAUACCUAAUAUAUCUCCACAAGAUGAAGAUAAUACUGGUUCACCUACAUCUGAGUAUACUCCUACAAGCUCUGAGGCCCAAGGUGAUGUAUCCCAAAGUUCUCCAGGUUCUCAAACAGCAAAACCUUUUAGCAAAUCUUUAGUGCACAGUCAAACUACUGACCAGGCCCUGUCUGGUCAAGAACUUCUAACUGCCCCGUUGAAAAAACGCUUUACGCCUUCCACAAAAAGAUCCAUGGACCACCUGAUCACCUUCAUCCCUCCUUAUGACAGCACUACUCCCACUGAAAGCUCAGCUAUCUCUCCUAGAGCCAAGAGAUCAGUAGAUCCUAGAGUAGAUGGAUCUUUUGAUAGUUCAGAAAGCGAGUUACAUAGAGAUUGGACUCCUGUUCCCAUUGAGCCCCUUGGUUUCACAGAUGAUGCUGCAGAUGAGUCUUCUUCAUCUGUUCUGCUUCACAGAAAAACACAUAUCAGGAUUCAUGACAAUGAAAAUAUCAACACAGGUUAUGGAUCCAAAAUCCUGGGACACGGUGAAGGAGAGAUCCAACCUUCAGAUGGUCCGAGGGGAGGGAGGCAGUCCGAGAAGGAAUCCCAGUAUGAGACACAAAACCCUUACAAGCAGCUUUUCAUAUCUGCAGCUGUGUGCGGAGGUCUGCUGGGCAUUUGCGCAAUCUACUGCUUCAUACAGAAAAAGGAACUUCAGGCAAGGCUACACAAACAAGAACAAGAUGAAAAGUUAAAGCAACACAGCCAUUGUCUCGAGAUGGAGGAAUCUACAUUGUUAAAGAGACAGUCAGGCUCAGCCCUAUAGCCCCAGGAUAAGUAGAAUUGGCAAGAUUCGCUCGACUGCACUCACAAGGCGAACUGAGAAAAUCCCCAAGAAAUCCCUGGACAGGAGCUGAGCCGUGACAGGAAUACAUUCAGAAGCGUGGACCUCGAUGACUGGGGCAAAGACUAUGAGGCUGGUAUUGUUUGUAGCACAUGGCUUAACGUGGAUUUUCUA